GGCGGGGCGGUGGCUCAGGGCGGGCCGGGCCGGCGGAGGCGGCGGCGGUCGCUCCCCGUUAAUCGCCGCUGGCAGCGCCGGCCGGGGAUAAAACCCGGCCCCGCGGGAGCCCCCAGGCUCCCCUCGGCCUCCUCCGCCUUUUCUCGCCCCCCGGGCGAUGCGCGGUGCGGCGGCGAAGUGAAGAAGCGGCGCCUUCUCCGUCCUCUUCCUCCUCCUCCGCGCGACCAUGGGCGACUGCGGAGCCCCCGGGGACGUGAACUCCAACGUGCUGGUGGCCCGCAGCACCGGGGACGCGCAGCUGGACAAGGCGGUGUGGCAGUGGCUGAGCUGGGACAAGAACCAGAAAACGAAGGAACAGAUUGAGAGCCUGCUGCAGGAUGGGAAACACAGGGAGCUGCGGGAGCGCCUGUGCUGCCGCCUGAGCUUCGGCACGGCCGGGCUGCGCUCGGCCAUGGGAGCGGGCUUCUGCUACAUCAACGACCUCACAGUCAUCCAGUCUACCCAGGGGAUCUACAAAUAUCUCGAGAGAAACUUUUCAGACUUUAAGCAGAGAGGCUUUGUUGUUGGCUAUGACACACGAGGUCAGGUCACCAGCAACUGCAGCAGUAAGAAGCUUGCAAAGCUCACUGCAGCAGUCCUGCUGGCAAAAGAUGUGCUUGUGUAUUUCUUCUCCACCUAUGUCCCUACCCCCUUUGUGCCCUAUGCCGUGCAGCAGCUCGGGGCCGUGGCUGGGGUCAUGAUCACUGCAUCCCACAACCGCAAGGAGGACAAUGGCUACAAGGUUUAUUGGGAAAAUGGAGCACAGAUCACCUCUCCUCAUGAUAAGGAAAUUAUAAAAUGCAUAGAGGAGUGUGUUGAACCCUGGAAUGGCUCUUGGAAUGAAAGUCUGGUAGACACCAGUCCCCUCAGACAGGAUCCUCUGAAGAAAAUUUGUGACAGCUACAUGGAGGACCUGACAAAGAUCUGCUUUCAUAGGGAGCUGAACAUGCAGAGCAGUUUGAAGUUUGUCCACACCUCUUUCCAUGGAGUUGGCCAUGACUAUGUUCAGUUGGCUUUCAAAGCCUUUGGGUUCCAGCCCCCCAUUCCAGUCCCGGAGCAAAAAGAUCCAGACCCAGACUUCUCCACUGUCAAGUGCCCAAAUCCUGAAGAAGGAGAAUCUGUGCUGGAACUGUCACUGAGGCUUGCAGAGAAAGAAAGUGCAAAAGUAGUAGUGGCCACUGAUCCAGAUGCAGAUCGUCUGGCAGUGGCAGAACAACAGGAAAAUGCCUGCAGGGUUCCUCACCUUGCCUCUCCCUGCAGUGGCUGCUGGAAGGUGUUCACGGGCAAUGAGCUGGCAGCCCUGUUUGGCUGGUGGAUGUUUUCCUGCUGGAAGGAGAACCGCCCCCAGGAUGCUGACAUGAGGAAUGUUUACAUGCUGGCAACCACGGUCUCCUCCAAGAUUUUGAGGGCAAUUGCACUUAAAGAGGGAUUUCACUUUGAGGAAACACUCCCUGGUUUUAAAUGGAUUGGAAGCAGAGUAAAAAAUCUCCUAGACAAUGGAAAAGAAGUUCUCUUUGCAUUUGAGGAGUCUAUUGGCUUCAUGUGUGGCACAUCAGUGCUGGAUAAGGAUGGAGUGAGUGCAGCUGUGGUCAUUGCUGAAAUGGCAACUUACCUGCAGGGCCAGGGCCUGACCCUGGCACAGAAACUCGUUGACAUUUAUGAGAUGUAUGGGUAUCACAUAUCCAAGACUUCCUAUUUCCUGUGCUAUGAGCCUCACACCAUCAAAAGGAUAUUUGAGCGGCUGCGGAACUUCGAUGGUCCUCAGUCUUACCCCAAAUGCUGUGGGGCUUACAACAUCCUGCAUGUCCGAGACAUCACCACGGGCUACGACAGCAGCCAGCUGAACAAGAAGUCGGUGCUGCCAGUGAGCAAGAGCAGCCAGAUGAUCACGUUCACCUUCCAGAACGGCUGCGUGGCCACGCUGCGCACGAGCGGCACCGAGCCCAAGAUCAAGUACUACGCCGAGAUGUGCGCGCUGCCCGGGCACAGUGCCAGAAGUGUGCUGGAAGAAGAGCUCCAGAAGCUGAUUGAGGCUUUGAUCGGGAAUUUCCUGGAGCCUGCCAAGAACGGGCUGACCUGGCGCUCUGCAUAGAGCCCGCUGCUGCAGGAGGCACGGUGUGGAACAAAGGACCCAGGAGCAGAACCACACUCAUCUCUGUGUGUGUGUGUUUUAAACAGCUGCAUUCUUUUUCUGUAAAGAAGAAGCGUUCUUUUAUCAGGCUUUUCACCAAAUUGGGAUAAGGAGAGGAGGUCAGAGGAAAGAGUAGCAUUUAUUGUUGCAGUUCUCAGUCCCUUUGACCAAAAGUUUAAUUAACCCACACCAAUGCAAAUGAAUUGCCCUAGUACCUUUGAGGCAGCUGAGCUUAGCUGCUACAUUUUGUCCUAAACUCAGUUCAGGUACCUAAAACACAUCUUUUUUUUGUGUGUGGAAAAGUUUUAAAGUUUUAAAGGGAGUGAUCACUCCAAACUCACAACAAAGGCUGCUUCUUCCCUGCAGCUCUGAGACCUUCCAUGCAGGUCUGCACUUCCAAAAGCAUCAAAGCAGAGCUCAGCAUUUCUUGUUUAGGCAAAUUGUUGACAUUUUUCAGCUAUUUAAGAAUUCCUCUGUUGGUCAAGUUGUUCUUGGGCAUUGUAGCUUUCCUGUGUGUGUCUUAAAAUAAUUGGCAAUGAAACAAUAGUGGCAACAGCUGCAGCUUGGGGUUGGAAUUGCCUGGUGCCUUUCCAAGGCUUCCAAAGGAGCAGGAACUUGGUCAUUCCUUGUUAAAAUGGCCCUUUCUGACUACCACAGGCUCUGUAGCUACUUUUUUGUCCCACAUCUCUGAAGGAUCUGAAGUGUUCUUGAUUUUCUGUAUUCAUUACUUCGAAUGAAAAUGCCAGUCAGUGACUUUUUGGUUUUUGCUGGCCUGUAUUUAUAUUGUCUGUGUAUUAAAAAAUACAAAACCAAGGAAGAAAGUGGAGAUGAGGAUGAGACUGACAAGUUACUAAAUUUUGAUUUUUUUUUUUUUUAAAUUUUGCCAUGCACUGUCAGGUAAUUUUGCAAAUUCUGUUAUUCCCUAUCUUGAAGGGUAAAUUUUUAACAGCUUCUCUCAUUUGUUUUCUCCCUUUGCUGAAGUAGCAAGUGGGACUUGUAAUCACAUUUUCCAAGAAAGCCACCCAAACCAAUACUCAAGUUCUCCUUGUGGUUAUUUUGGAUUUUGGACAAUAAAGGCUGUGUUUUGGCACAGGAGAGCUGGUUCUGGAAGUUCCCUGCUGUCACUGGCAGGGAGAAAAGAAAACCAGUAGCAAUUCAGUGCUGGGUUUUCUCUCUGUUGGAGAUGAUGGGAGAAGCCCCCAAGGUGCCCUGGAGUUCAAGCUGUUGUUUUGCCACCAUUGUUGCCUCUCCAAAUUCAGCCUCCCUCUGAUGAUGCCCUUUCAGCUUGAUGCCACAGGAUGGCACAGGGUAGGUUUGUGUGUGUUGCCUCUCCAUGGCUUCAGAGAGCCCUGAGGUUUGGGGGUUUCCUGCUGCUAGCAGCUUUGCACUAUAUCCGUGGAGAAGUAUUUCAGUGUCUGUGAAUGUAUGUGUACUAGAGAAGGUCUGUGUUGCACAAGUUCUGACCUGUCACUGCUAUUUAUUUUUUUUUUUAAUCUUGAGAAAGUAUCUCCAGAUUGUUCUGCCAGUGAGUGAAAUGUAUCUAAUUCCAAAAGCUUUUUUUUUUUUUUUUUUUUUUUUUUUUUUUUUUUUUUUUUUUUUUUUUUUUUUUUUUUACCUUGAUUGUACAUUUGACUGACAUGGUGGGGAAAAUAGGCAAACCCAGAUACCCUCAGAGGAUGCUUUUGUUGUUGUCUGUGCUGGUAGGGCUGGGAAGGCAUUUCUGUCUGCUGCUUUGCCUUCAGCUCACCCAAAAAAAGGAUGCAUAUCUGGAUCCCCACUGCAUUGAACUUGAAGGAGCUCUUUAGCAGAAGAGUAACCCUGAGGCGUUGAGGAUUUUGUUCGCCCAGCAGUGAAGAGAACAAGUAACUUGGGACAUAAUUUUGAACAAACGCUGUAAAAAGCAUAGUGUGUGUGUGGUGAGCCCAGCUGUGUGUUAUUGUAGCAGUCAUGUCUUGUGAGAGAUGGCUGUGCUCCUACAAAGAGCAGGAAUCUGCAGCUUCCCAGAGUUCUGCUUUGUGUCAGUCGGCAAGUGCUAGAAAUUGAGAAAAUGUUUUCAAAGAAGCCUUGUUAGAAGCUGGUAACUGUUCAUAGUCUAACUGUCCUUAAUUAAAGAAGAAAACCCAGCUGUGGCAUGUUUUGUGUCUGGGAUUUUCCCCAUGGAUAGUUCUGACAGGGAGCUGUAGCUGUAGUAAUGCUUUUGGGAGGACAGCAGCAGGCACAAGGUGUUGAAUGUACUUUCAGGGUAUAAUAACUAUUUGCUGUUUUGAAACUGCUGCUACUGUUGUUUUCCUACUGUAUUGGAACUGUUUGAUAUAUUUAUACUAUUCCAUUUGUGGAACUCCUUUAUCUCCUCCCUCUGAUCUCGCAUCCCUUACUUCUCUUACUGUGAAAGACUGGAAUUCUCAUUUCCUUGCCCUGUAACAUUGUAAUGCAUCGUGUUAGAGUUCACUUGGUUUGUGCACAGCCUUCUCAGAGUUGUCAGCUGUUCUUUCCCACUUUUCAGUUAAGAACAAAGGCUUUUCUGACUUGAGUAGAAAGCAGGUCAUAGAUCAGAGGGUGCUGUGGAUGUUGUUUCUGAGGUGCUUCCAGGUGAAAUGCACCUUUUCAAAGGCUGGGCAGUGGCUAAAGCUGUGGUCAUACAGCCAUACAGGUGUGUUUGGUUUGGUGUUUGAUAAAAUCCAGAGGGCUUGGGUUUGUCCCCUGGCUGUGACAGGUUUAAUUCCUGCACUGGAGUUGUGUGUCUGUGGGCCUGGCACAGGAACUCUGAGUUCAGGGCUUUGCCAGGCAACACUGAAUGUCUGUGAGGCAGAGCUGGGUUUCUUACAGAGGUUGUCUUAGAGCAUACAGGGUGUGGAUUACAUACGUGCAAGUGCUGUCCACCUGUCCCUUCCAGCCCCCCUGAGGGUGCGUGAGGGAACUGUGAACUCUGGUGUGCCAGAGGAGCAGAGAGUGCGUGACAGGCAGGGCUGGCCUGCAGUUGUGGCUCAGAGGAGCAGUGUAGCCCCACUCUGUGUUGGGCUGCUGAGGCAGCUCUGCUUCCCAUGUGUCCCAGCAGGAUGUAGCUCCAAGGAGCUGGGCUGGCCUUGGGCUGCAGGAGAGCUGGGAUCUGGCCUGGGGAGCUCUGCUCAUGUCCCUUUGAAAUACCCAGCCCUCUGAGGGAGGGGAAGCACACCCUGGUGUGGUCCAUAGGGUGCAUGAGGAAGGCAGAUCCUCUGGGGCUCCAGCUGUCCAGGUGGUGUCCAUUGCUGCCUGAGGCUCCCUUGCCUGCCUCCCCUGCUCCCAAAGUUACCUGCAUGUCCACAUCCCUAGUGCUGCUCCCUGGCUCAGCACUUUAUGUGCCCUCCCUGCCAGGCUCCUGAGGUCACUGGGGAUUCCAGGUCCCAUUUCCUUGCAGGAAGUGUUUGUGUGGAAGCCGGGAGAAGGAGACAUGGGUUCUGCCACUUGAUCUGUGCACAGCUUCAGGAGGCACCUGGAUGCUCUCUAAUUUUAAAACUGAUACUGUUAUCACUUUGUUUUGUCUUCCCCUCUGCCUUUUUGUCCUCUCCCCCACCAAGAGGGGGCUCCUUGCAUGGUGACACCUGGGUGGUUACAGUCCAGCUUGAUUCCCUUCACUCAAGAAUGGCUUUGUACAGGUGACUGAAGUAUCUCAAGUUGUAUCAUUCCCCUUGCCUAGAAUCUCGGAGAGUUCUGAAUCUGUACUCCUGUUUACCUGAUGUCUGUUCUGUAACACUAGAGCGUAUUACAAAGUGAGAAUUUGCACUUUUCUGAAGACUUUCUGUGUACUGCUAUGUGGAUUUAGCUGAAUGAAGUAUUAUAAGGAAUAAAAUAUUCCCUUCAUAAUCUCAA